CCACUUUCUUCUCCAGCAGUCCUCCACUACGCGGAUCUCGCCUGUGUCUGCAACUGGAACAGCUGUUACCGGAGUGUAUGAGUCAGUGGAAGAAGAUGAAGAUAAUGUUUAGUUUUAGAUAGCACCACCUAUAAUUAUGCAGUUCUUCCUCAUUUUUGCUGCACUGCUUUAUGGUUAUGCGCACGGAGAGCUGUAUCGUGGGAAGCACUUGGGGAAGCUGAACUCGUACCAUCACCAGGUGUCUGGGGAUGUGUACGCUGUAGACGAGUUUACAUUGCUCCUGACUGAGUUCAACUAUGAUGGCAACGGUCCAGACACCUUCUUCUGGGCAGGAGCUAGCAACAGGCCUGGACCCCAGGGCUUCAUCGUGCCUGAUGAACACUCUAAGACCAAUGUCCUUGACCGCUACUUCAACAAAGAUUUCACCCUCACACUGCCAGAUAGGAAGAAAAUAACCGACAUUAAGUGGUUUGCUGUGUAUGAUCUCUUUUCCCAGAGUGCAUUCGGGGAUGUGUACAUACCCGAAGAAUUUGAGCCUCCUGCAGUCCAGACAAUUUCCUCCUUCAGCAAGAAGUCUCAUGGUGUGAGUUCCGGAGCACUCAAGGUACUUGAUGCCAAAACCCUUCUUAUUCCGGAAUUCACAUACAACGGGGCUGGAAAAGACACGUACUUCUGGGUUGGUGUGGGGCCUCAGCCAUCGUCUAAAGGUACCAAGGUGCCUGAUGAAGCUGGAUACCUUGAGCCACUGCGGCUGUACUCCAAGGAGACGGUCACGUUAGAGCUGCCAGGAGAGUUGACCAUCUUUGACAUCGACUGGCUCAGUGUGUACAACGUAGAGGCCAAGGAAAACUAUGGCUCUGUCAUCGUGCCCGACAACCCCAAUGUGCCUCCCUCCCUCGUCAAGAUCAUACCCCACAAGUCUUCGCUACCCAACUGCCUGCAGCUCCACAAGGACUUCCAGGUCAGCUGGGAGAUCUUCGGACCUCAGAUCACAAUCCAACUGGUUGGACAAGUCGGGGAAGACCACUAUCUCGCUUUUGGGCUGAGUGGAGCACCAGACAAGACUCAGAUGUUGGGUUCCGAUGUCGCCAUCGCUUACAUUGACGGCUACCGUGGUUUUGCUAAUGAUUACAACAUCACAGCCAAUUCUCCUUGUGUAAAGGUACUUGGCCAGUACAAAGGGGUCUGUCGUGACGAUGUGAUUGGAGGAAUAGACAAUAACCAGAUGCACACGGCUUCCCGAGAAGAUGGGAUCAACUACAUCACCUACAGGCGUACACUCAUAUCUUCCGAGUCGGGAGACAGAGAGUUCAAGGAGGAAGGCAGUAGUCAGCUGAUCUGGGCAAUCGGCCGGCUGGACCACAAGAAUGAGCCUGCCUUCCAUGACAUCUACCCUCGUGGCAGCAUCAGCAUCGAGUUGGGCAGGAAAGAACCCUACAACACCUGUUUCCCCUUCACUCGCACAAUCAAAGCUCUCAGGUACUGUUGUUUGAUGCAGACGACACGGAUAAAACUUCCAGUGAAAGCCUCAAACGAACAAUACCCGAUCCAGCUCUGGAAAAUGAAGGAAGCUAUAGUUCUGUUUGUGAUGUUAGCCCAACAGUGA